AUGUGGAUCAUCUCAUCAUCCAUCAUCACGCGGCCGAGGAGAAGGACAAGGACCGCCAACAGCCCAUCCUGGUCCAUCCUCACCCUGCUGGUCAUCUGUCUUCCGCAGACACUCCUCAUCGCAGCCAGACAACGGCCUCAGCCACGGUCCUACGACUCGCAUGCCUACUACGUCAUCGAAACCAGCUCGACAACCUCCGAAGCAGAUCCAGCCUCGAUCCAGUCGAUGGCACGGGAUCUAGCAGACAGGCUGGAUACCGAGUUCGUCGAACGGGUAGGCGAACUAGAAAACUUCUGGCUCGUCAAAGCACCCAAGACAAGGGUCGAACAAGGCUAUCAGCUGUCUGUCGACUCCCAUCAUCCCCGGAGUCUGCCAGAGGAUCCUUCUCAGCAGAAACCACGCGACUCGGUCCUCGAACAUUUCCAACUCAUCAGGCGCUCAGCUUAUGAUCCCCUCCUCGAAUCUCAGAUCAAUCACUUCGAUCAGAAAACCCGCCAGAAACGUUCCCUCUCCAAAUCCACACUCUCCGCACGACAUCUCGCAUACUCGAUCAGAUCUCUCGAACGGCAAGUCCUACGUAAACGUCACAAACGGGAUCUGAUCUAUGUACCCGGCCCAGAGGGACCAGUCGCACUGGAGCCCCGCCAGACUGUCUCAAGACCAACCAAGGGUGGCAAGACCCUCACUCCUUCCCAGAAAGUCGCCAGGCAGUUCGAAAUCUACGACCCUCUCUGGCCGAAACAAUGGCAUCUCGUCAAUGAUGUCAUCCACAAACAUAUGAUCAACGCAUCCGGAGUUUGGGAGAUGGGAAUCACCGGCAAAAACGUCACCGUGGCAAUCGUCGAUGACGGUAUAGAUAUGUCGUCUGAUGAUCUCAAGUCUAACUUUUUCGAGGCAGGCUCAUGGGAUUACAACGAUCAUACGCCUCUACCUGAGCCACGUCUACCCGAUGACUUACACGGCACGAGAUGUGCUGGAGAAAUCGCAGCGGUGCGGAAUGACGUCUGUGGGGUUGGAGUGGCCUACGAUGGGAAAGUAGCAGGGAUCAGGAUCCUUUCGGCAUCAAUCAGUGAUGCCGAUGAAGCCUCGGCACUGAACUACGGCUACCAAGAAAACCACAUCUAUAGCUGCAGUUGGGGCCCACCGGAUGACGGCAAGAGUAUGGAAGCACCAUCCCGAUUGAUCUUCAAGGCUAUGCUCAAUGGGAUCCAAAAGGGAAGAGGCGGCAAGGGCAGCGUUUUCGUCUUUGCUAGUGGAAACGGCGGAGCUGUUGGUGAUCAAUGCAAUUUCGAUGGCUACACAAAUAGCAUCUACUCCGUCACCAUUAGCGCGAUCGAUCGACAGGGGCUCCAUCCAUACUACUCCGAAGUUUGUUCUGCGAAUAUGGUGGUCACCUAUUCAUCCGGUAGCGGUGACAACAUUCACACGACUGAUGUGGGCAAGAACAAAUGUACGGACCGACAUGGAGGCACCUCGGCAGCAGCCCCAUUAGGCGCGGGUAUAUUUGCGCUCGUCUUACAGGCCCGACCCGAUCUGACGUGGCGGGAUGUGCAGUACUUGGCAGUCACCACGGCAAUCCCGUUCAGCUUGGAAGACCCAGAAUGGCAAAAGACGGCGAGUGGAAGAUUGUACAAUCACAAGUUCGGAUUUGGAAAUCUGGAUGCUUAUCAGAUCGUCCAAGCGGCCAAGACGUGGAAGUUAGUCAAACCACAGGCAUGGUGGACGAGUGCCAACGUCAAUGCUCAUAGUCAGCCGGUCACUGCCGCAGGAGCCAAUGCGACCAUCGUCGUCAGCCAGGCCGAUCUUGAUGGGGCCAACUUCGAAUCCUUGGAGCACAUCACCGUUGCGGUGAACAUCAAGCACACUCGGAGGGGGAACGUUCGAGUCUUACUGGUCAGUCCGCAUGGCUCGGUGUCCAUCCUGGCGGCCCAUCGACGGUACGAUGAUGCCUCCACAGGCUUCCCGGGAUGGGUAUUCAUGACCGUCAAGCAUUGGGGGGAGAAUCCGGUAGGGGCAUGGACAUUGAGCGUGCAGGAUCCGAUUGGGGCGCCGGGGACCAACGGGACGUUUGAGGACUGGGCCAUGGGCAUGUGGGGCGAAUGCAAGGACCCGACGAUCCAGAAGCUGUUCAAGAUGCCCGAUGAUGCUGAGAUCCUGCUCCCGCCGAGCCCGCUUUCCGGCGUGGCACUGGAGACGGUGAUGCCGGCAUUGAGCUCGAGCGUGUUUGGGGCGACAAAGCCGACGGCUGUGAACCCACCCCCGCUGGUGACGGACACCAGCAUGGGAUUUUCGAAGACGAAGUCGCUCGUCAAACCGACGGCCCAUCUGCCACCGGACCAUGCCGGCGUUCCAGGGGAUAUGGUGACGGGGAUGGGGAGCAUGUCGGGCUACCUGAGGGGCAAGUCCUCCUGGGUGUUUGUAGCCUUCGGGAUGGCCAUCGUGCUCGGCGGCUGUCUGUGUGGGUGGUUCUUCCUGCUUCGGAUCCGUCGCCGACGCGAUCGGGCCCGCUUCGAGGCCGACCCGGACCCGGACCAGGGCGUGGGUCUGCUCUCGGGUGCCCGGCGCCCCGGCGGGCUUUUCCAACAGGUGCUCGGAAAGGCGACGACGAGACGCGGGAACGGAUAUGGCUUCGAGCCGGUCGCUGGGGAAGAGGACCUUCCGAUGCGCUCGUUGGGCCGCGGGCCGCUCGAUAAGCAUCCCAAACCUAAGCCCAAGUCGACCACUAAGGAUCUCUAUGACGCCUUCGGGAACGCCUCUGGAUCCGAGGACGACAGCGAUCACGAGAACGUCGAUGGCCGGGAUCAGCAGGAACAGAAAGAGGACACCGAUGGUGAGAAGAGGCGCGCAGCUCCAUAUAACGAUAUCGAUCCCGACGACGAAUAUAUGGACUCGUUCUUGGAAGACCCUGAUGCCCACUCUCCUCUCGUUUCUCGGACCUCCCCUGCGGCCGAAAACCAGCAUCAAGAUGAUGACGACGACGAUGAUGAUCUCCAGGAUCGGGAAGAUUAA